CGUCAAGAUUUCGAUUUUCCUCUAACUUACAUGCAAUUAAUUUUACUGUCCAAUUACCCAAAGUGUAGGAUUGCUCUAUUAAAUUUUUUUCAUUAUUUUUGCUAAUUCAAAUUAAAUUUCCAACCUUGAAGAAUUUAAAGCUUCCCUUUAUUAUAACAAUUUUUACUAUUUGUUUGAUCACAUCCUUGUCUUUUUACUUUUAAUACUAUUUUUUAUUAAAGUCAGUCUUCUAGAUUCUGCUCGAUUUCCUAUUUAUUUCUCAAUAUUUCUUUUUCUUGAUUAUGUAAACUUGUAACAAUUUAUGCACACCUUUUUCCAUCAAAAAAUCUUUUUUCUACAUUUAUCCAUUUUUUAAGAUAAACUACAAAAAUCUUUUCUCAUUGCUUCUCAUUGCUUUGUUUAUAGAUUGGAUCCAUUUGUAUCAAAAAAGAGGUUUCCUUACGCAAUACUUUUCUUCUUUUCCUAUUGUGAAUAUUCUAUUCUAUUUAUAUUAAAUGUCAGCGACGUCUAAAGCUAGAUUCCAACAAAAUCGCCGUCACAGUUCUUCAACGUCAUCAGCUACGCCACCAUCUGUUCAUAGCCAAUUUGGUUCAAUGUUCCAUUCUUGUCAAGAAUCUGCCUCAUUAUAUAAUGAAUUUGUUCGACGUAAUAUUGACUGUUUUGAGCAAAAGAGACGAGCAGAAUAUGUUCGUUGUCAUCAUAUGGCAGCACAACAACAUUUGUCUUCACCUCCAAUUGGUAGCCUUCCUCGGCAAAAUAUUCCAAGCAAAGUUCGUCUUACAAUGGAAGUCCAAAACAGCGAUUUUUGUAGUUUACAUAAUGGACGAGAAGCUUGGGCAGUUAAUGAUUCGUUAUCUGAUAUCAUUAAAGAUACUGAUUGUAUGCUACAAUUUGCAAAUCAACAAGAUGAAUCUUCAGAAGAAGUUGGGUUAUUCAAUCAGGUGACAAUUAUUGGGGAAUUGUCCAAUGUCGACCUUGCAAUGAAUCGAAUUCGAGCUCUCUGUCCAAUAACGAUUGCUACACCUUUGAAGAAUUUAAAAGAUGACAUUGAAUGUAAGGAUUUGGCUGAAUUAAUCCGUCAAUGGCAAAAAUGUGAUGACCUUCGAGAGUUCUCGCGUGUCCAGUUUUCACUUCUUUAUCCACCAAAUCCUUUUUCUUCUAUGAAUAAUACAGAGAUGAACAAUCCUUCACUUGUAUUUCGUGCAUCACGAAAAGAUUCCAAAAUGUUGGCAGCUGCAUGCGAGGCAAUGACUAAACUUCUUUUUAAAGAGCGUCCUUUGUUUUUUGCCUAUUUAAAAAUUCCUGUCUCGCAACGUCGUAUGAUGGUUGGCUCGCCUGAGGGUGUUUUAAUUAGUGCUAUUUCUACCCAAACCAACGCUACAAUUCACUUUCCAUCGUCAGAGAAAUCAACUUUUAUGAAUUAUUAUUUGAGUGGAACAGCUAUUUCUGUUGUACAUGCUGUGAGGGCUAUUCAGGAUAUAAGUCCAGUUCAUAUUGAAUUUGAAGCAGAAAAUAAUCAUUUAGUUAGUGCACUUUUACAAACAAGUGAAGACCAUCGAGAAUUAGACCAAUUUGAUAUUGAACGUGCAGUUAUUAUUCAACUACGAAAAAGUGUAUAUGAGGGAGGAUUUCGACUUGAAUUGGAAGAAAUGAGACAUUCACUAACUUUAAUGACUUCUGAAGAAAAUAUUCAAAAUUUGUAUAAAGUUCGGCAACAAUUAUUGAUUGAGCCUUGCUGGAAACAUGAUCGACUUCAAAAAAAUAGCAAAUCUGGACCAAAAUAUUUGGAAUAUUUGAAGGUACUUGUGAUGGAAUCCUCUGUGCGUGCAUAUAUUGGACAAGGCAAUAAAGUAAUUUCUGUUUGUCGUUGCCGUAAUCAGCGGCUCUUGCAACAGCAAGCACAACAAAAACAGGAUAUAAUCAUAAACAAUGGUGGGGGCAUUGCUGACAAAAAUAACAAUAAUGGAGGUGGGAAAAUGAAACGGCAGCACGAUACUGUAGACGAAUUAAUGCCGUUGCCUUGA